AUGUUUAAAUCCAAUUCCUUUCUGAUAUUUCGGAAUUUCAGCAUAAAUAAUAUACGGAACUAUGCUUCGUUACAAGCUGGUCAACCUUUGCAUGAAACUAGACCAAACCUUUUGAAGAGUGGAGAAUUGACUCCUGGUAUUACUGCUUUAGAAUACUUUGAUAGAAGGGUAAAGUUUGCAAAGCUUUUGCCGGCGAAGAGUUGUGCCAUCAUAGCUGGUAAUCAAGUGAAGUAUGCAUCUGGUGCAGUAUUCUAUGAUUUCCAACAAAACAAUAAUCUCUUUUAUUUAUCAGGAUGGAAUGAGCCUGAUUCUGUGUUAAUAUUAGAAAAACAAACAGAAAAUUUGAUCGAUUUGGUCUUUCACAUGCUAGUACGUCCAAAAGAUGAAUAUUCAGAAAAGUGGGAAGGUUUUAGGACAGGUAUAGAAGGUGUCAGAGACAUAUUUAAUGCAGAUGAAUCAGAUGAUAUUUCUAACCUCAGCGACUAUGUCAAGAAAAUUGUUAAACGAUGUGAUAACAUAUUUUAUGAUAAGGACACUGAAAAUCAAUCAAGAGGUGAUUCCGCCAAAUUCGGGAAUUUCUUUUCAGUGCCAAGUAAUUCUUCUCAAGAAAAGGAUUUGAAUGCUAUAUUGCAGAUACACGGUACUAAUAAGAAAAUUUCAGGCCUAGAUAAAAUACUUGCGCCAAUGAGAAGAAUUAAAUCACCAUCUGAAUUAAAAGUCAUGAGGAGAGCAGGUCAAAUAUCUGCAUAUGCUUAUAACCAAGCCCUCCCAAAGAAGUUUCGUAACGAGCGUACCUUGCAAGCAUAUUUAGAGUUUAAGUUCAUUUCAGGAGGCUGUGAUAAAUCUGCUUAUAUUCCUGUGGUUGCAUCCGGUAAAAAUGCUUUAUGCAUUCAUUAUACUAGAAAUAAUGACACAAUUGAUGAUGGGAAAAUGGUGUUAGUUGAUGCAGCUGGCUCGAUCGGUGGCUAUAGAUCGGAUAUAUCACGUACGUGGCCAAUUAAUGGCAAAUUUACGGAGGCACAGAAAGCAUUAUAUAGUGCUGUUCUAAAUGUAGAAAAAAGAUCAAUAGAACUGUGUACAGCUGAUCAUGGUUUGUCACUACACGAAGUUCAUCAAAAGAGUACUGAGUAUAUGUUAGAGGAACUAAAGAAUGUUGGAUUUAAUGGCAUUGACUAUUCAGAAGUAGAUAAAUUGUAUCCGCAUUACAUUGGCCACAAUUUAGGCCUAGAUGUCCAUGAUGUUCCAAAUGCUUCAAGGCAUAACAAAUUAGAAGCAGGUCAAGUAAUUACAAUUGAACCUGGUAUUUAUAUUCCAGACGAGCCCUCUUACCCAAGUUAUUUUAGAAAUAUCGGGAUUAGGAUAGAGGAUGAUAUUGCAGUCGGUGAGAAAAGCUACGUCAAUUUAACUGCAGAGGCUGUUAAAGAGAUUGCAGAUAUAGAAAAUGCAAUCCAGAAUAAUAACCCUACAAAGUUUGAUGACGAUGUUAUUAGACCCUUAGACACUUAG